AGUAAAACAAGCUACAACAGGAUUUUUGUGAAUUCCGAAGUUAUUUCCCUAAAACUUAUUAAAUAAAGUAGUAAGAAUAUAGAUAAUAAACAAUAUGGCACUAUUCAAAGGCUGGAGGUACGCUGCCUUCAUCGGCGGUUUCGUAGGAAUGAUCGGACUGACUCUGUACCCGAUUGCGUUUAGUCCUAUGAUGGAUGCUAGUCAAUAUAAAAACAUUCAGAAGGAGGCCAGAAAGAAUAUCAAAAUUGAAGACAUUCAACCUGGUAAUAUGAAAGUGUGGAGCGAUCCCUUUGACCGUAAGAAACCCCAGAGCGAGUGAAGAUUGUAUGUAAUGUAAAUAGUGUAAUUAUAGUUAUUAUGUUAAUGUUAUUAUAUUAAAGUUUCGUUAAAUAUUA